GUGUGGUGUUGAAAUUCGGAAGUGAGCCUCUCUCCUCCGCGUCUCUUCUGUUUUAUUGCUCUGCCUGAUCCCGUUGCUUCUCUUGAACCCCUGGUUUGGCUUUAUCAGAUUAUUCAGUCGGUAGCCUGGCACCCUCUGCCAGCCAUGCCCUCCAGAAAGUAAGACCCUGUGAUUUCCACACUUCUCCACCAUGGCUCGUGGCCUGCCUGCUGGCCACGUUCUGACACUGCUGGUUGGCUUGGCUUUGCAAGGCCUGUCGCCAUCCCUGGGACACAACAUCGACACCUCUAAUGCUGCUGUGUUCUUCUCCAACGCCAGCAAGCAGUUCGGGUAUCAGGUCUUGCAGCUUGGGGAAGGCUCUGAAACAAGCAUCAUUGUGGGAGCCCCCGGUGAGCUGAACUCCACAGGGAAGGUGUACCAAUGCAAAAUGCGGAGUGGGAAGUGUGAGGCAGUUCCCGUCGAGGAGGACGGUGGAGUGUCCCACUUUGGCAUGACCCUGGCAAGCGACACGCAGGGGUCUACAAUGAUUGCUUGUGGGCCAGGACAUCAACAGUUUUGUGACGGAAAUCUGUACAUGAGCGGGAUGUGCUAUCUGUUUGAUGCCAUACUGAAUGUACGGAAGAAUAUAACAACUGGGUACCAAAAGUGCCUGAAAGGGAACACGGAUCUGGUGUUUCUUUUUGACGGGUCAGUCAGCAUGAAAGCAGAUGAUUUCAAUACUAUUAAGGAGUUCAUGAUCGAUGUAAUGGAGAAGUUACACAACACCAGCAUACAUUUUGCUGCCGUGCAGUUCUCAUUCAAUACCAAGCUCGAAUUUGAUUUUAACAACUACACCCAUGAUCCCAACCCUCAAAAGCUCUUGGCCAACGUGAGGCAUGAGAAAUCAAUUACGAACACCUUCAAGGCUGUUAAAUAUGUCGUGGAUGAAGUUUUCACUCCUAAGCGGGGGACGCGGAAAGGAGCAAACAAAGUUAUCAUCAUCAUCACAGACGGAGACGCCUCGGACACAGACGAGGGGAGCAUAGAAGCCGCCAAGAAAAAGGGCAUCGUACGCCUCAUCAUUGGGAUUGGGCAUCUUCUUAACACCACCGAUUCACAAAAGAAUCUUCGAAUGCUUGCCUCAGAACCCAAGGAUCAGUUUCUGAGGGUCCUUGCCAGUUUUGAGCAGCUGAAGGGCAGCUUCAACGAUCUCCAGUCGAAGAUCUAUGCCAUCGAAGGAGGAGAGAAUGGUAACAGGGACAGCGGAUCCUUCCACCUGGAGAUGUCAUCCAGUGGAUUUAGUGCAGAUCUAUCCCAGGGCCGGGUGGUCCUGGGGGCUGUGGGUGCCGACAACUGGGCUGGAGGGGUGCUGGAGCAGCGGAUGGAUUUCACCGGCGAAAGAUUCAUCACCACCCCCUUGUUCAGGAAGGAGAUGGAAGGGGCCUACUUGGGAUAUGCAUUGAAAUUCCUGCAGCAUCAGCAGAGAGAGUUCUAUGCUGUCGGUGCUCCUCGAUACCUACAUGUGGGACGAGUCCUCAUAUUUGAAGUCAACACCACCACUGCCAACUGGACCUUAAAGCAGGAGAUUGAAGGGAAACAGACCGGAUCCUAUUUUGGGGGAGUGCUGUGUGCCGUGGACCUGGAUAACGAUCAGGAGUCAGACCUGCUCCUCGUUGGGGCCCCGCUCCAUUUCACAGAGACGAACGGAGGCUGUGUGUAUGUGUACGGCUGGGAGCAGGAUAAUCUCGUCCUCCGGGGAAAGCUUCACGGGGUCUCCGGAUACCCUUUGGGCAGAUUUGGAGCAGCCAUUGCAGACCUGGCAGAUAUCAGUGGGGAUGGAUGGACGGAUGUGGCUGUGGGAGCCCCCUUAGAAGAGGAGGAGGAGGAGGGAGCCGUCUACAUCUAUAACAGCCACGAGGGGGGCCUGCAGACCCACUACAGCCAGAGAAUCAAAGGAGCCAGCCUUUCUCCCAACUUGAAAUUCUUUGGACAGGCCAUCCAUGGAAAGAGAGACCUCGACGGAGAUGGUCUCAUAGACAUCACAGUGGGAGCCCUGGGAGAAGUCAGAGUGGUCCGCUCCAGACCCAUUGUCACAGUGGACGCACAGGUGACGUUCGAGCCUACAGAAAUUCGGGUGGAAGACGUGGAAUGUUCGGGGGACCCCAGGUCAUGGCAUAACAAGGUGCUCAGCCUCAACGUCUGCUUCGUGAGCAGCUUGGCCACCAAGAGCUACAAUGGGCCUCUUUCUGCCAGCCUCCUCUUCAGCUUGGAGAUUGACGGAAACAGGAUGAAGAACCGAGGUGUGCUUAGCAAUGGCAAGAAAGUCAUAGAUGGGACCAAGGACAUCUCUCUCGGAAAAGAGUGCUUACAGGAGAGAAUUAACAUCACGAACUGCAUUGAGGAUUACCUCUCACCUAUCAAGGUCUUGGUGAACUACUCCCUCAGGGAUGACAACGAGCCUAGCAAGGGGCAUCCCAGGCCUGUUCUGAACCCCCUAAAGAACAGGACAAUGGUGGAGAUUCCUUUUGGAAAGAACUGCGGGACAGACGACGUGUGUCAGGCCGACAUGCAAAUCUCCUUCCACGAUUCCGGGUCUAAGGUGCUGGUUGUAUCCCCUCAACAUCAACUGGAAGUGAACCUGGAGCUAAGGAACCACCAGGAGGAUGCAUACUUUGUGACCCUCCAUGUGCCUCAUAUUCCUGGCCUCUCCUUUCGCAAAGCUUCUGUGGUCAAGUCCAAUGCUCUCGUCAUCGUGAACUGUGACGGAAUGUUGCAUGGUCAGGACAGCAAGGGCCUCACUUGCAAUAUCAGCCACCCAGUCUACAGGAAUAGCACAAAGGCUUUGAUCCAGCUCCGGUUUGGCAGCUCCGCUAAAAAUGACUGGAAAUAUAACUUGGACAUGGAGGCCCAUGUCAGCAGCAACAAUGAGAUGAACGGGACUCUUAAUGACAACACAGCCAACAUUAGCAUCCCUGUCCAGUAUCCCAUCAGCCUCGUUGUUGAGGGGUUAGAAGCGUCUAUGCACUACGUUAACUUCACUUCUCAGGGUGAACAAAACAAGACCGUGAAGCACGUGUACAAAGUAACUAACAUGCCCAUGGGCACUUCCCAAACUCCUGAAGUGACGGUGUUCGUGCAGGUGCCGACCACCUUCACUGGCAGGCUGACCUGGAAUGUGGAUAAUAUCGAAACCGUUCCCUCUGUGACCUGCCAGGCCCUUCAAACGGAGGAUAACACAAGGAGUCAUUCCAAGUUGACUGAGCAAUGCACUGCUGACCAAUACAGCAUCUUUAGGUGUGACCUUGGACUGAUAAAUUCCUCUGAAAUCCAUGUUACUGGGACGAUGUAUCCCAACGGCAAAAUAGAGCGUUCCUCUCGCUACAAGUAUUGCACAGCCCUGUGGUUAACGUUCAACACCAGAAGAUUCAUAAAUAUCCACGGUACUGAAUUUUCCCAAUUUCAGGUCACUGAAGUGGAGGAGGUGUAUGAGAUGGAUUAUCUCCCUAUUAUAAUAGGCAGUGCUGUAGGAGGCUUGUUCUUGCUAAUUCUCAUCAUUGUAGGACUUUACAAGUGUGGAUUCUUCAAACGUAACUACAAGCAGAAAAUGGACUUUCCAGAAGUAAAUGUGAAUGCCUUACCUUCAGAAGAUAACCUAGGCGAUGAUACAGAGAAAGAAGCUAAAUCAGAAGGCAGCGAGGAGGGUGACAAAGAGAAAGAAGCCAAAUGCUUUACAGACCUAACAGAUGGAGAAACUGAGCCUAAAUGACCAGAUCAAUUUCCUCCCCACAGAUUAUAGUUGAGAUACUUGGCCUAAAUGUUCGGUGUGCAGGAAAGAACCUUUUCCGAGGCUAGCAGUGAGGACUUCCAGUCCCUCUCUUGCCAUUUGCACAUCGGUUGUGGACAACGGAACUGUGAUUGUGUUUAUCUCUGGUGUUUCCACGGGUUCUCUUAGAACGAUACCAAUCGACUGUAUAUAUCGGGACAGCAGAUGGCAGGCGCACAAGUUGAGGUGGCCAGAAACAAGGAGUUGAAAGUAGGAAUUGGAUUCUUAUGGACUAGCAGGCUGAUGCGUCCUUGCUAUCCCCUCGAUGAAAACAGAGCAAUUGUUUGUGUGUAUAGAUAUAAAUAUCAUUAAGGCCCUUUUCCAGAUAAGAAAAUGAAGAGCACAGCUUGCAGCCCAUGGGACUGUCAGAUGCUUCUCUUUGUCUCAGGGUGGCCUAUCAGCAGGGGAAAAAAGAUCCCAGGGGUGGGAAGGGGGCUUUCUAAUCACCCUCCCCGGUUAUCCUAAUGCAGUCAAGAUGGCUGUUUACAGGCUGUUAAUAGCAGCAGGAAACAGUAGUCUUCAGGAAGAUGACUGUGUGUGUUUGAGAGGUGGGGAGGCUUUAACUCUUUCUACCCGUGAACCUGAUUUAAGUUCGCUGAUUCUGUGCUGCUGCUUGGCUGCAUCGGGAUUGCUGUGUGUGUGUGUGAGAGAGAGAGAGAGAGAGAGAGAGAGAAAGGAGAUGAACAGUAGAUGGAUGGAUGAAAACAGGGGAGAGAAAAGUCAGGUAAAAGGGGUGUCCCCACCCUCCAUUGGCAGGACUGGGACUGUGGCCCUCAACACCGCCCCUGCCACAGAGUUCCCCUCCUCCUCUUCAUCUUCCACCUGCAUAGCAGAGAUUGAUUCUGUUAUUGCACAUCAAGCCGUUACAGGCCUUUAACAGAUUUUGAAACGGGAAGUGUGCAAUCCCCAUUUGGUUUCCUCCCCUUCUCUCUCUCUCUCUCUCUCUUUUUCUUUAGAAAGCCAGGAUUCAGCUUAAAAGAAAAUGGGUGCUGUUUAUGUGACAUUUCUACCUUUCAACCUCUGUGAUUAAUCUAUUUAAAAACCAUCUGGUUUUUAAACAUAUUAAUUUUGCACUUCAGAUUGACCAGACUAAUACAAUCCAUUUACAUUAAAAAUGUUAGAGUAAUUUAUGCUUUUUUUUUCAGUAUUCAUUCUUUUGAAGAUUUGUUGGGUUUCGGUUUUAUUUACAUUUCUUCUUUAAGAUAUUCGCCAUUACUUACUAUGUCAUAAUAUACAUAAAGUGCUUUCUAAAAAA